GCCGAGCGCACCAUGCCGGGACCCGGGACUUCGGCGCUGCUCUGCCUCGCCCUGGUCGCGCUGCUCAGCCCGCCCGCCGACGCGUGGUACAAGCAGACGGCCGGCCCCAGCUACUACUCGGUGGGCAGGGCGUCGGGGCUGCUGUCCGGCAUCCGCCGCUCGCCCUACAUGCGCCGCUCCGACGACACCGACAGCAGCAGCACCAGCGCCGAGAGCGGACCCGGCGCCGCCGCCUCCUUUUUGAUGUCCGAGCCGCGCCAAAUCCCCAGCGGGCUGCGCAACAUGGCGGUGUGUGUGAAGGAGGUGGCCCCGGAGCUGCAGAGCUGCCAGCUGCUGCCUGGCUUGCCCAGCGUCAUCCAGUGCAAAGCCGAUGUCACCGUCUCGCUGGACCCCGCGGACUGCGCCAGCGCUUGAGCCCCGACGGGGCGUCCUUUCCCCCUGGAGUCCGGAAUGGGGCAUCCGGACUGGGCGAGGAGAGG